UUUGAGUUUAGCUAUUUGUAGACAUUUAAGAAAGAUAAAAAUUUUGGCUAGAAGGAAGCCAUAUAUAUUUACCUUUGCUGUGGACCCGUAGAUAAGACUACAGCCACGCGUCAACUUUGUAAUAGAGAACCAGCCAGCAGCUACUCUAUAUACAGCGGCACCAGAUCCCACCUCUUCAAUCGAAAUCCAAAGAUUUUGAUGUCCAUCACGAUCACUCUCUUAGGCUACAAGAACAGAGCCACACCACUGGACGAAAAAGAAACCGUAGUAUUAAGGCUAGUGAUCCGACAACGUUUUAAUCCCUCUCUCUCUUUCUAUUAGUUUUAUAAUAUUUAUAUAAAAUUUCUUCCAAUUUUUCAUCAAUUUCCUCUGAAUUUUCAUUCAAUGUAAACAAAAUUACAUUUUCAGUCUCCCUUGCAUCGCUGCAUUUGCAUUGGGCAUUAAUUUUCGUGGAAUUUGAAGUAUAUCCUUUUGGCACCAAUGGAGCGUGCGGAACUAACAACUGAGCAGGUUCUGAAGAGAGACAUCCCAUGGGAAACAUACAUGACAACUAAGCUGAUUUCAGGAACAGGCCUUCAGCUGUUAAGGCGUUAUGAUAAUAGAGCUGAAAGUGUCAGGGCACAGUUGUUGGAUGAUGAUGGUCCAGCCUAUGUUCAAGUGUUUGUUAGCAUAUUACGUGAUAUAUUUAAGGAAGAAACAGUGGAAUAUGUUCUGGCUCUAAUUGAUGAAAUGCUUACAGCCAAUCCGAAAAGAGCCAGAUUAUUUCAUGACAAGUCUCUUGCAAAAGAAGAUACUUAUGAACCUUUCCUAAGAUUGCUCUUGAAAGGUAACUGGUUCAUAAAAGAAAAGAGCUGCAAGAUACUUGCCUUGACAGUAAGUGCCAGGCCAAAAACCCAGAAUGGUGUUGUUGCAAAUGGAGUAGCCUCAAACUCAAAGACAAAGCUCACUACCAUUGAUGCUGUACUAAGAGGAUUGGUUGAAUGGCUUUGCACACAGCUGAAGAAGCCUUCCCAUCCUAGUCGUGGUAUUCCAACUGCUAUUAACUGUCUUGCAGCAUUGCUGAAGGAACCUGUUGUCAGAUCUUCCUUUGUUCAAGCAGAUGGAGUGAAGUUGUUGAUUCCUUUAAUUUGUCCAGCAUCCACACAGCAAUCUAUCCAGCUUCUUUACGAAACAUGUCUCUGUGUGUGGCUUUUAUCUUACUAUGAACCGGCAAUCGAGUACUUGGCAACAUUUAGGGCUCUACCCCGACUGGUUGAUGUUGUUAGAAGUUCCACGAAGGAGAAGGUUGUCAGGGUUGUUGUAUUGACCUUUAGGAACUUGUUGUCCAAAGGCACAUGUGGUGCUCAGAUGGUUGACCUUGGAUUGCCACAAAUUAUUCAGAGUUUGAAAGCACAAGCAUGGAGUGAUGAGGAUCUGUUGGAGGCUCUCAAUCAACUUGAAGAUGGGCUGAAAGAUAACAUUAAGAAAUUGAGUUCCUUCGACAAAUACAAGCAGGAAGUUCUUCUUGGUCAUCUUGAUUGGUCACCCAUGCAUAAAGAUCCAUUGUUUUGGCGUGAUAAUAUUACAUGCUUUGAGGAGAAUGAUUUCCAGAUUCUAAGGGUCCUCAUUACAAUUGUGGACUCGUCCAACGAUCCAAGACCUCUGGCUGUUGCUUGCUUUGAUAUUUCACAGUUUAUUCAGCACCAUCCUGCUGGUAGGGUGAUAGUGAACGACCUCAAGGCCAAGGAACGGGUGAUGAAGUUGAUGAACCACGAGAGUGCGGAGGUUACCAGGAAUGCCUUACUCUGCAUCCAGAGGCUUUUCCUCGGGGCCAAAUACGCCAGCUUUUUGCAGGUAUAGUUUCAUAUUGUUGUGUGCAUGGUCAUGUCUCAUUCUAAAAUGCAGCUAGUGAAUAUAUCUUAAGUAAAUUCGGCUUCGGCUCUGUUGGGUGUUAUAUUUUCAUUUGAGUAAAUUAUCUUUCUACCGGAUAUAUUUGAUAAUAUCAAGAGGAAGAUUUAUUUUCCUUUUCGUCAAAAACUUAAAAAUACUACUUAGAUUCUGAGAUGUGCAAUAGACUAAGGUACCUGUAUUAAACACACUACUUUUUAAUAUUUUAUUUUAUUUUAUUUUGCCUUUUGCUUUAAGGAAAUAUCAAUAA